AUGUGGACGCCCACGCCAUCCCGGAGUCCCUGGAAGGCCCUGGAAGGUUGUGAUCGGAAGAUUGUGUCUCCGGAAGGUCCCCUGGAAGGAUAUAUCAUUGUAAGGCUGCGUGCGGAUAUGUGUGUCCUCGUGUCCCUGGAAGACUGUAGUCCCAGAUGCCUGUGUCCCUGGAAGACUUUGUCCCUAGAAGGGUGUGUCCUUGUAAGUGUGUGUCCUUGUAAGGGUGUGUUUCUGGAAGGCUGUGUUCUUGUAAGGGUGUGUGCUCGGAAGGCAGUGUCUCUGGAGGGCUGUGUCCUUGUAAGGCUGUGUCCUUGCAAGGCUGUGUCCCUGGAAAGCUUUAUUCCUGGAAGGCUGUGUCCUUGUAAGGCUGUGUCCCUGGAAGGCUCCGUACCCAGGUCGGAACGUCCUCAGAAGCACCAGCCUCUUGAAAACAUGCAAAUCGAUGAGCAUAAGCGUGGCCUGACGGAGGGCGGAAUAUUGGACGGGAGCUUGCAACAACAGCAGCAGCAACAGCAACAGCAGCAGCAACAGCAGCAGCAGCAACAGCAGCAGCAGCAACAGCAGCAGCAGCUUCAACAACAACAGCAGCAACAACAACAACAGCAACAGCAACAACAGCAGCAGCAGCAGAGGCAGCAGCAGCAGCAACAGUUUCAGCAGAAGCUCGCCGGCGGCCUUGGGAGUGCUCAGCAGCCGCCUGUCAAACACCAGCAAGGACCUCCUAGCAUGCGUCCCCCGGGCCCCCACGGACCCAACGGGACAGGGCAGCAUGGUCCGCCCAGCCCCUUCGGUUCCAGCAGCCCUCAGGGGCCCUUAAGGCAGCCCGAACCAUACGGACACCAUGGUCCAAACAGUCCAUCAGGCCCUCACCACACGCGGCCUCAGGGACCUCCAGGGCCUGGCCCCCAUGGCCCUUUUCCUCCCCGUGGACCUGGCAUGCAUAACGGGCCACUGUCACACGCCGCCGGGCCUAAUGGUACUAAAGUUCAGUCUCCAAUGAGGCCUCAUGGUCCCGCUGGCUCUGCCGUGGCCCCGGGCACGCCUUCCUCACUUAGUUCUCCACAACCCCACACCGGGGAAGGGCUGCGUUCCAAGGAGGACUCUAUCAGUCCUCCCGCAGGUAGCCAGCAGCAUGGAGCCUCGGUGAGCGAGGCUGGGUCUUCGACCUCGCCGAAAGCAGUCUCUCAACAGUCGGCUGAGGCGGACAGGGGACUGUUCGGACCUCAGGCAGAUCUGCGGCCGGGCCAGCCGGGGAUGCUCCCGCAGCAGGAUGGGAUGCAGCAGCAGGGCCAGCUGGGUGCUGAUCAAGCGGAGUCUCUUUCAAAAUUCUCCAUCGCCGAGAGUCGGUCCUCGGAUGUGCAUAAAUCAUCGCCACCGUCGAAGGAGGUAACUACUCUUAGCCUUGCUUCAUCCAUCUCCUCUUCCGGCGAGGCAAAGAAUCAUAGGCCCACAAGGGCGGCCGUACAGCCUCCUGCCACUGACAGUGGAAAUGACUCAGAUACCAAAGUAGGGAAGGUAGCGUCAGCAGUCUCCCCCGAGAGUGACACCAAGUGUCCCGCUGGAGGAGAGCGAACCGAGUCCGAGGAAAAGAGUUACGAGGUCACAGACGACGACGUGAAGCGAUACUUAGCUUUCCUCAGCAAGCCGUCAGAUGAUGUGCCGGUGGUUGUGUCGAGUCAGGACAAGAGUGACAAGUGCAAAGAAGAGGAAUCCGUCAAGAGGGAAGAGAAGUCAGUAGUUGAGGAGGGCGGGAGGAGUGAGGAGGGUGAGGAGGAGGAAGGAGAAGACAGCGAGGAAGAGCCGGACUCUCCUGGACUGUUGACUGCCAUGACCUUCUACGAUCACUCUCCCGGGGAGGUGUACACCAUUCAUGAGGACGAGGAGGAGGCCAGUUCCCCGACUGCCUCCGACGGAGUCUCAAGGCCACGCAGGAAAGGGGCGGCCAUGGGUCUGGGACCAAUGGGACCAAUCCCAGGAGGCCUGGAUGCUCGAAGAAAUCAACUGCGGUCACAAGUGUCGUUGGAAGGUCAUUUGCACAACACCAGCAUGAUGCGGGGAACAGCAGACGGCCAGGACACGCGAGGACCGACCACCAUGGGCACCCACACCAACGCCACUCAGAGCGUCGCCUCCACCACAAGCGGGCGUCCUCCCGUGGGUGGCGUCAAGCUUCCUGGCAUGGGUGAGCUGCAGACUACUACCCAGCCUUCCUCCGUGCAAGCCGGCCUACAGUCAGGGCCUCAGACGCAGCAGCAGCAGCAGCAACAACAACAACAACAGCAGCAGCAACAGCAACAACAUCAGUUGCAUAUGGGGCAGCAAGUUUCGAGCACUCAAGCAGGAGGUCUGGGCACGGCGGGCACAGGUCUGGGCGGGGGGCUGAGUGGCAGCAUGUCUGGGACCACCACAGGGACCACUCUGACGACCACCUCUCAUGACCCAAUGUCACGGAUGCACGGCCAGGUCACGUCUCAUGCCACCCUCAACUCGCAGAUGAACAGCCACAUGACCACUUCCUCCAUGAACCAGGCCAACACCCAGAUGAGUCACAUGCAUAACCAGGGCAUGCAGAACACCCACCAGUCCCAGAACAGCCAUUUCAUGAACCACCAGAUGGGGCAGAAUCAGCAGCAGCAGCAGCAGCAUCAGCAACAGCAGCAUCAGCAGCAGCAGCAGCAUCAGCAGCAGCAGCAACAUCAGCAGCAGCAACAGCAGCAGCAGCCACAUGAACUGAACCCGUACCAGAACAAGAUGCAGCAGGGAGGCCAGAUGCAGAUGAACCAAAUGGGUAUGGACAUGCAGACACAAAACACCAUGGGCGGCCCUCACAUGAACCAGACUCAGAUGGGUAACCACGUACCCCCUGGAAUGACCUCACAGCCCAACAAUCCUAGUCUGGUGACCUCCAUCGCCCAGCGGAUAGUAAACCCAACUAGUCAGAUGAACCAUGUGGGCCAAAUGAACCAGAUGAACCAAAUGCAGAAUUCCCUGGGUGGCGCCAAAGAUAUAAAAGGACUAGGUAGCCUCCUGCACAGCCCCCUCAGCGGCAGGCACCAGCAGCAGACACAAAACGUGCAUCAGAACACUCAGCAGCAGCAGCAGCAGCAGCACAACGCCUCCUCCACAGCCUCUUCGGCGCUCAGUGGCCUCAGCAGCCUCUUCGGCCUCCAAAAGAAUCGUCCAGCCGGAGGCCUCAUAGGGGAUCUGUUUAAAGGAAAAGGAGAUGGAGGUGGUCACCAACACCCGCCUCAGCAGCAGCACCACCAGCCACCCUUCUCCCAGUCUCAGCAACUUCCGCAGCAGCAGCAGCAGCAGCCGUUUCAACAGACAUUACAGCAACAGAAUCUGCAGCAGCAAGGAAUGCAGCCUCAGCAGCAGCAGCAACAGCCUGGUAUGCAGGGAAUGCAACAACAACCAUUUCAGCAACAGAAUCUGCAGCAGCAGAGCCUCCAGCAGCAACCUUUUCAACAGCAGCCUCAAAAUCUUCAGCAACAAAAUUUACAGCAACAGAAUUUGCAGCAGCAAAACCUACAACAGCAAAAUUUGCAGCAACAACAAAACCUGCAGCAGCAGCAGCAAACCUUGCAGCAGCAGCAGCAGAAUCUACAGCAACAGCAGAAUCUACAGCAACAGCAGAAUCUCCAGCAACAGCACAACAUACAACAGCAACAGAAUCUGCAGCACCAACAAGAUCUCCAGCAACAGAGCCUGCAGCAGCAGCAGCAUAACCUGCAGCAACAGCAAAACCUGCAGCACCAGCAGCAUAACCUCCAGCAGCAGCAACAACAGCAACAACAACAGAAGGUGGGCAUUUUGUCAGGCAUGAAGGGAGACCACUUCACCACGGCCUACACGGGCAUCUCCCCUCCCUCACAGCCGCUGUCCCGUGAGGACCUGUACGGCCAGCAGCACCACGGCAUGGCGGACGGCCUCAUGCACGGCCCAAACAUGAUGCUCAACAGGCCCGCACCACACUCCCCAACUGAGAUGCGAGGUGGCGUGAUGGUCACCACCUCGGGGAUGGUCAAGUCUCUGGACCGUCCUCGCCAGACUACGCUGUUUGGUAUCAAGAAAAAUAAGUCGCUUAGGCCAGACUUAGCAGAAACUUGGCCCUCCAUUGUAGAUCUGUCGCCAAUAAUGGAUGUAUCUCCCUCUGUGGAGGCGGCCGAGCAGGAGACCAAUGGCAGGAAGGAUGCCAAGGGCUCCCCCAGUGUGGCUGGCGGCGCGCAGCAGAAGAGCUCCAUCAGCGGCAUGCUCUCCGACUUCACUCGCGCCCUAGGUCUUGGAGGAAACUCACCGAAGGAGGAACAGAAGGGCAACAUUGCUACAUCUCAGCACCAACAGCAGCAGCAGGUCCUCACCUCGCAGCCUCAGUCGCAGGCCCAGCUCAUUAGCACUCAGGCGACGGGCAUCAACUCCCAAGGUCAGCUGAUCAACUCUCAGGGGCAGGUGGUGGGGCAGCAGCAGGUCUCCACCGGCCAGGCUGUGACUCAGAUGGGCAACCACGUGGUGCCCAGCGUGCAGCAGUCCAUGGUGGGCGGCCAGUUGGUGCAGAACCCAGCUGUGGUUGUCAGUGCUGGACAGCUUGCAAACCAGUCGAUGCCCUUCCAGCAGAUGACCCCAGCACAGCAGCUCCAGCUACAGCAGAUGCAGCUGCAGCACCAAGCACAACACUUGAAGAAAAUGCGACGCCAGGACCAAGCCGCCGCCCUGCAGCAGCAACUUCUCACGCAGGGCAAGGUCUCCCCCACACCCAUGAGGAAAGAUGCAGCGGGCGCCGUGGCAGGCCUGCAGCAGCUCCAGACAUUGCAGCACCAGCAGCAGCAGCAGCAACUGGCUGGCAAGAUCGUGGGACGCGUGGCCAACAGCCUGCCCACAGCCGCUCUCCUGCAACAGUCGACUAUCGCUACCAGCGACAGCAAGCCGCGGGUGCUAGUGAUGCCCGGCCAGAACAUUCCAACCACGGAGUCGCCGCUCACGUCUCUCCAGAGGCGCAUAGGCAAGCCAGACGUUGGGGCUCUGCUUCGCUCCUCCACGGACCAGCUGGCCUCCCCAGAAGAGUUCAGCAUGGCUAAUGUGAACGCCCAGCUGGCCCUGCUGACAGGGACCCCAAGCACCCCGGCAGGAACCCCAAGGGGUCUUCGUGACGAUUCCUCGGACACUAUGAGCGAGACUGACAGUCAGAAGAGCCUGCGGGUGCGCCGGAAGCUGCCGCACCUGCCGCCUGACCAAGAGGCAGCGCCGCUGCCCUCUCAUAAAAAGAAUGCUUUCGGACUCAACGCCAAAGACCGAGUCAGGUCGCAGCUGGCUCGUCAGUCAUCUCUGGACGGGACGGUGGGCACUGCCGGUCGUAUCGGUGGUCCUCUUGGCUUGGCCAGACCCUCUUCCAGCAUGACCAACUUGGCCAACAUUUCCAAGAUGCCAGACAUCAACUUGCCCACUCGGCCCGGCUCAGCUCUCGGUAUUCCAGGUCACCCAGGAACUGGCCUCCGCGGCUCCUCCCUCAGCGGGCCUCAACUCAAGACGGGCCUGCCUGCCAGUAUAGCGCAGUGCCUCCCCCCCGAUCUGCACCACCUCAUCUACACCAACGCCACCCCGCCCAACUUGGGAGAUAACUACGGCUCACAGCUCCCUGAAUACAUGCAGAACCUGAAGGACCAGCUGCAGGAGGAACUUAAGUCGACCACCACUGACCGGAGGGCCAUGCUGGAGGCGGAGCUCCUGCGGCUGCAAGAGGAACGCCGCCGCGCUUUGGUGGAGAAGGACAAGGAGAGGGACGGCCGCUUGCGUCGCGAGCUGGACCGUCUAGCCUCUUCCAGCUAUUCAGGAUCACUUUCGCUCAAACAGAGAAUGGAAAUUCAACGUCGCCUGGGUAUGGCAUCUGGCACGAGCAAUACAACAGGAUCAGCCAACUCCUCUCCUAGGAACCACCGGCGAAAGGGCCACCGACGGCAAAUGUCGGAUCCCAGGAUUAGCUCCUAUGUCUCCCCCAUUAAGGAGGACAGGGACGUGGAGAAAGAGCUGGAGCGAUCCCUCUACGGCGCGGCUCUUCGAGACACUGCCAUCAACUACAUGGAUGACGAUGACCUCUUGGCAGCCAGACUUCUGAGCAUGGGCAGGAGCACGGGAAGGCGCAGCUCAGAGAGCGGGCUUCCCUCAGACCUGUGGGGCCGCAGCUCCACCCCGGGCUCCACCCUCACCGACCCGGGGAUUUAUGGCUCCUCUCGCCAAAAGCCAAUCAGAAAGCCUCGCAAGCCUCGCUCCUGGCACCCCUCGCCCUAUGCCUCGGAUGACGAGGACGACCUCUUAUCGCGGGAGGAGAAGAAGCAGAAGAUCAAGGCAGAGAUCUCACGCAGGAGGCAGCAGAUCGAACAGAAUUCGCGUUUGCACGAGGAACUAAUCCGCCUGGCGAGGCUGCGCGAGAGUGCCGAGCUGGGCUACAAUGACCCCAGAGCCUACGGGCCCUAUGACCAAAGUCCGCCGCAGUCCGCGCGCGACUCCACCACCAGUGUCUUACGGUCUAUUGAUGAGAUCCUGAGGGAUGCCCGCGAUCCCUCGUCCGGGUAUUACAGCGGCUACUCCCCGUACAAAGCGGGAGGGUCGCCACCAAGCCGCUAUGGCAGCUCGCCUGGCGCCCGAACGUCGCCCCGUCAUUACUAUGGUUCACGAGGUCCCUCUCCCUCUCAUUACCCGAUGACAGAGGAGGACCGGUCCAUGGCCCGCCUCGCCUCCACCUUCCAGAGCGAAGAUUUCACGGGCGCGCUGUACGAGCGGCUCUCUGACUUCUCUCCCCUCACGGCGGACAGCCUGAGCGACACCAUGAGUGACUUCACCCCGGCCAUGCCCUUGCUGCCCGACAUGCCGACACGCUCGCGAAAGUUGUUAGAGGAUCUAGGAAGCUCACCAAUCACUAGUCAGACCCACAGAGGCAAGUAUGACUUACAGAGACGGUACCGGAAGUAAGUGGUGUUGUGUGUUGUGGUUCUCGUGUUGAGGUGUUGGUUGGUGUCUCUACACAACUGUCGUAUGCUAGAACUGUCCCACUAAAUCGAGCAGUAUAUUCAUGAAAAUCAAAUCUGGUUGCAAGAUAACAGUAUAUAUCAAUAUAUCCGCACAUCAUUAUGUGAUACAAAUAGGGGGCAAGUCUAGUGCACUUAAGUAUAAAAUACGGAAUAUGCUAAGUACCUCCGAUUGCCUAGGUUAAGUGUAUUGUAACACGAGGCUGGUUCAGUGUCAUUCUUCCCUGAGGAUAUUUGGAACACUAUCUGUGGCCUGUAACUUGACGAUAAGCAUAAUCCACACAAACACCUGGAAACCUCCUCACCCUCAGCGAGUCGAGGCACAGUUGUCCCGGCGGCCUCCUCCCAACGGUGGGCGGCAGCCGGCGACGACCACGAUGAACAUAAGUGUAACUCGCCACGUUCUACCUUGCUCUCCUCCCUCAGUUAUUGUGCCUUAUGUCCAUACUUACUCGAACAAUUCGUUUAAGCAUUUGAUAACACUUUAUUGAAGGUUGAAUUCCUAAUGAUUUCCGACCCUCCCCUUCUUAGUGGUGACGGACUAUCUUGAUUGCUUCGCCCUUACGUUAUAGGUAUGAGUAGAGUUACAACAUAAAGCUUGCCACUAAAUCACUACUCAAUAAUUUGUUCCAUAACAUAUCGAACUCGAUUCGUCGAAUGAAGAACUGCCAUUCAGGUCCACCAAAGUUGGUUGCCUAAGUCUGUCUCCCAAUAAGGACCCCCAUCACUUGCGUCCCCUUGCUGUCUGAUGGCAUCUUCCCGCGAUACCAUCCAAGCUCCGAGUCUCUCCCCGGACUCCUUUCCUGGAUCACCUUGUAUUACCGAUAUCUUCCCAUGGAGGAUUUUACGGGGAAUCAUGACUAAUAUACUUUCCUGAGGGAAAAUCUAAAAAGACGCACGGACUUCGGGAAUCCUUUUUGAUCCUGUUACUGUGUUCACGGUGUUGCUGGUGUACUUACUCAUCCCAAUAUUCUCUACGAGUCUCAUCCGCCGCGGCGCACGGAGCGGAGCGGCGCGGUGACCGGCCAGGCCGGCGCCGCCGCUCUCGGAGGCUCCGGGGCGGAUGUGGGUCCCACUCUGCCACCUCGGAGGGUCCAGAUCGAUGUGGCAGAGUGACAGAGUCUGAGAGGCUCUUGCGGGGGCUACCAUUCUCUCUUCCUCACUAAAUUGUGUGUCAUUGAGUGCCACCUGACAAGCGGAACGGUCUAGUUCGUUCCCUGGGGUACCUAACUAAACUAAGCGGGUCGUUGAGCUGCUAUCCUCAUUGUAGCUGGAGGAGGGGCGGGCGGGGUGACGGGUCGGGCUGGGCCGCACCGUGGAGGGUUUGGCAGGCCGCAUCCAGGUGCCGCCCCGCCGCGCGCCCACGACCGUCCGCCCUUUAGGUAACAUGCACAACGGGCCUUGGCAAACAGUGCUGCUGGAUGCCACUUUGGAGCUCCACUGCCCAUAAACUUCAGUGUCAAGCACAGUCUGUGUUCUCCCUGCAUGUGUCUUUCUUGCUUCUGAGGACGAUGUCUAUGUCACUGUACAUUCCAUUUCAUUAUAUUUGUUCAUGGCAUGUAAACAAUACAAAUUGUUGUUGACCUUCAAAUACAUCAUGUUAUUUGAAAGACC